AUGGACAAACAAAUAACCAAAUCGCAGGACAGUUGUUUGGCCUAUCUUGAUGAACAAAUCUCUUCGGCUGAUGAAAAUACACUCAAUCUUAAGCUGGCGGUCCUGCUCAGGUCAUUCCUGACCACAGAAGAUGGCAAAAUCACCGAGGAGAUAGCCUGUCAAAUCGACGCCUACGAGGUUGAUACCAAGACCUCCUCAGAUCCUCUUGCGCAAUACGACGUGCGAACAGAACUAGGGGAAUACAUAUCUAUCCUAUAUCAACUGAUUUUCACCGUGGCGCAACUAAUCCCCUACAACGACACACGACAGGACAGGAUUGUUCAGUUACUGAAAGAUUCCAAAGCCUCUGAAAACGAGUCCGAUUUCGCAGAAUUGAUGGCCGAGACUUGGAAUGAAUGUUAUCGUGACGAGCACGAACUCGGUGUCGACUCCCCAGAGCUCCAGGAACGAUGCGAAGUCUGGGUGAACUUCUCGGCAUUCCUCUCGCGCUGUGUCAAGGCCGGAUUGAAUGAGUAUCCAGGUGGAUUUAAAUACCCAGGUCUCGGCAUCCAUGACGCCCUCGACAGCCAUGGCCCGUCCACGAUCGUUUGGGACAGCCGUGUGAUAGUCGCUGCCCAAUACCUUGUUAUGAAUGGGUCUCGUAUUCGUGAAGAGCUGUUCAAAGAAAACGAAAAAAAGGGUAAUUGCAAGCUGAUUGGAGAGGAGUUGUGGCAUAGGUGGACGAAAAGGUUUAUGGAGAUUUCCGAUCAAGCCCAGCAUACUCCGGAGAUCAGCUCUGCGGUCAACGAGGCGUAUAAUAUCAUGAAGGGCCUUGACACUCUGGUAAGUGACGCCGUGGAAGAGGAAAAGGUAGAUCUGUCUACGGACGACCGGGCCCAGCUGGAUGAAGAAGAACGAGUAAAGGAGGUAAACAACGAAGUGCAUUAA